AUCCAGGCCAUUUGGAAGUAGUUGCUGUUCCACCUGCAAGCCAAUGAAACUUGUCUGCUGCUGAGGAAGAGACCCAAGAAAGCCAUCAACACUGCCAUGUCCAGAUGUGACAGUUGGCCCGCAGGAGGUCAUCUACACAUCUCAAACAAAGCUAACAACAACAGAAUCCAAAGUCUCUCAGCAGUGAUUGGUACCGACUGUCCGUGCGCGUAGACUUGAGACUAGCUACAUCAGUAACAUCACUACACUGACUACAGUAUUAGUAUAAUGUAUCUAAGAAGAUAAAUUAACUGCGUUGAUUGUUAGAAUGUUUAAUUAUACAAAAAAAAUUACCAAGCAAUUCUUCUACGAGGAUAAAAUUCAAGAUCGUGAAGACGUGAACUAUUAGAAUAGAAUAAGAUGGCUUCAACCCUGAUCCAUAGGGACACUUUGAUGAAGACAACAAUAGAUGAAAAUGGCACUUGUGACUUGACAAUCACAGCAGAUGCGCCAGCAAAAUUUUCUACCAGUGCAUGUGUAAUACAAGAAAAUUCUUCCAGAACAAAUUUGUGGAAUCUUCCUUACCACAUUCUGUGCAAAAUCUCUACUCUACUGAACUUGCAAGAUGCUCUUUCAUUUGCCAGCACAUGCAAGUUGGCUCACACGGCUGUCAUGGACCAGCACACAUGGAGGCAGAGGCUUUGGUAUUGGGGCAAGGCUGUCAAUGUGUGCAUGAUGAAUAACAGUUCCCCACACUUGAAGGAAGCAUCAGCUGUAAUCUCGGAUCCACUUCUACUCAACCUUCGUACAAUGUAUGAAGUGUUGUCUCCUGGAGGCUGUCGUCUGCGCAGAUCUGGUCCCCCUGUAUUGGAUGUUGCUAAUCUUUUGGCCAAGCUUGACCCGUCUCACUCCUCAAACCCAACACUGAUGCAAAAUUUUUUCAAUGUGCUGGCCAAGAUAUUAGGGCAUAGAGUAUCUAUCCACGAGAAAAGUCCCAUACUGAUCGGUGCUAACGAGAGUCGAUACGUGCUGUUCUCGCAGCCCGAGACGCGCACGUCUCACUCGCUCUUCAUGACGCUCAUCACGUCACGCAGCAACAUCAUUGAAACUGUGGGCCUCGUUGAAGGACGGCCUGGUGGCAUCGGCAGCGGUGUGACGGUGCGUUAUGAGACAGUUGAUGAAGGCUCCUGCUCGCCAUGCAGCGUAGAACCCUCGCCUCAUGUAGACUCAGCCAACAGCCACAUCUUCAACUUAUUGCCCCUGCGUCGCAUCAACUCCAGACUCCUCACGCCCCACGACACCCCCGGCGGUGUGAGAUUCAUUGACGAAGUGGCAGAGGUGGUGCGUACGGCAGCUGGUAUUGUUUGCAUCGUGGACGGCGAGUGCCUUUGUGGCAGCACUGCAGCCAGCGCCUCCGCUACUCACAUUGACGGUCACACGUUGGAACUUGGCGCCUUAGAAGCGAUGCUGCGUACUUUCCCCGCCAAUCGCUGCCCUGUGGUGCUGCUCUUGUUGGUGCACACCGCGGCAGCUACUGACUGUGAUGUGUCUGGUUGUCAAGAACGCUGCACCACGAGAGUACACAUGCCUUAUCUCUUGGCCAACAUCAUGGAUCCUUGGCACAUCCCUUGGGCGGCAUUUGAGGUGGAAAUCCCGUCGCUGUGUGGCCUCAGUCUCGCGCUCAACUGGCUCGUGAGGCGCACUGCCGUCCAUAAGACCUGCUAGGACAGCGCUGUCUACUAGUGAGGCUCGUGAGGCGCACUGCCGUCCAUAAGACCUGCUUGGACAGCGCUGUCUACUAAUACGCCUCUUCUGGCCAGUACCACACAAUGCAUCUAUUAACACAAUAAAAUUAACACUGUGAUUACCGGACUAAUUAAGAAUUAAGAUUCGUGAAUUAAUUUGAUGAUUUUUUCAAUACUAAAAAUAAGUUACAAUAGAAAAAUCUUCUCUGGUUUAGCGGCGUUUGUGCCAUUGCGUUGUUCCGCUUUCGCCAGAAGAGAAGAGUUUGGGAAAGUUUAUACCGGUUAGCGUGUCAUUCAGGUUAUUAUCGUCAUUCAAUGGUUUCAAUUUGAAUAAAUAUCUCGAUUUUAGAACGUUUGUCCGUUAGGUAAAAAUUACAACUAAGUUUUCGAUUCAGCCUGAAUGACCUUUUUUCGUACUCCCUGUGCAGAUGACCACUUAUGAAAAAAUUGUCGGCCUUGGCCGCCCUCAAUUGUUAGAAUUUGGCUUUUUUUUUCUUUUUUUUUUGCGGAAGUCUUACGGAUUGCGUCCGUUUUUUUUACGGCAAAAAUCAUUGACCAGAUUUCUUAGGAGGUAGUACAUUAUGUCUUUUAUUUAUUCAAUGAUAAUGUCACAGUAUACUCUUUAUGUUGUUUGUUCCUAAUAUAUUCUGAAAAAACUAUAUACAAUUUAAAAUUGGAGAAUUGAUCAGUAAAAUACUAGGUUUUUUUAUAACCAAAAUUAUCUUCACGAAUAAGCUGUUAUUGUUGAUUUAUUGUAUGAUAUACAAAAACUGUUUAUUGUUUAAUAUGAAUAUUUCCUCUGUUUAUGAAGUUACAGCAAAUGAUCGUUUUACUUGUGUAGAUCUAAACGCUUUCAUGAUA